AUGGCACAAACAGGAUCAGUCGAAGAGUCUAUAGUAUACGAGGAUACACCGCUCGGAAAUUAUCUCGAAUGGGUGGAGAACGAAGGAGGUGGGGCCGCCGUUUUAGAAGCUAAUUCGCCAGCGGACGCCUGGGAAACAGGUCAGCCAGCUCAAACGAGGCGCUGGGCCCAGGAACUUUGGGUCUCUUUCAAGUCGCUGCAUCUACCUCGUCGCUUAUUCCCUUCGUUGGAAUCACGCAAUGCGGUCUUUGAAACAUUAUACAAGGAAGAGGUGUACGAAUUCUUGCUGCUUCAACACCAUAGUGUGGAUGGAAGACUUGCCAGUUCAAGCAACAGUCGGGCAAUGAUGCCCAAUUCCAUAUCCGCCGAGUUUGGUGCACUUUUGGGGCUAUGGGUUCUAGGAGGGGCUAGCGCAUGGGCUGGAGCAGCGAUAUUAGCGAGGCAAAGGGGAGGUGCUCAUCUCGCGGGGGCAGCUCUCCUUGUGAUGCUCUCGGUUCCUCUUGUGUGGGCAACACGUUCCCAAUGGGCGCGUACACGACUCGGGCUUCUACAUCGUUCCUGCCUAUCAACUCUUCGUUCGUUUCUUCAGUCUUCUCACGAACUGGACAAGAUCCUUCGGAAAGCCAUUCGCUACGUUCAAGAGGUUGAAUUGGUUUCCCGAGGGUACAGACUUGCCCCAGCUUUGUCUCCCAUCACCCGCAUUGAACAGUCGUCAAAAUCUAAGCGAUGCAUAGCGUUGCGGACUAUGAUUCGACAUGUCAUUGACGAUAUUUUGAGUCGAUCGCGUUCAAGUCAGGCUAGUCUUGCUUUGCUCAGCGGAAGCGCAGAUCAUGCUUCGUCACCUACCCCCUCCGUUCCAACCUUUGUUACCGACGAUUCCGAUUCAUUGUCUCUGUGCAGCUUGAAGUACAACUGGCAGCUGAUGCGAUUGCAGAGAGUGGAACUGCUGAAUGCGGUACUAGUGGUUGCGCCAUUUGACCAGGUACCAGACGUUGGAUAUUGUGGGCAGAGGUGGACCAAAAUAAACGGUCAUUUGGAUCGAGUGACUGAGACUUUGCGAGCAAGUUGUCUCAGGAUUUCGCAAUGCAUAGAGACGGAACUGCGCAUCCGUUCUGACGAAAUUGCAGCCGAUGCAGAGGAUACGCAUGCUGUUGGCGCGGUAGUAAAUCGCCAGCGUCACCGACAGCGAAAAUAUCUCGCUAGUGCUAUAUCCCUUGACCAGAGAUUGAAGGAAAUUAGGACAAAACUGCUGAUAUGCACGCAAGAUAUUGAGAACAUGGACGAUGAAUUGCAGCUCGAUCCAAUAGCUCAGUUAUUUGAUUCGAUCGGUCGUGAUCUUGAAAACGCGUCUUGCAACUGGAAAGAAGCUCAAUAUAAUUUACAGCACUUAUUUGCUGAUAGUGGUAGCAACAAUGAUGAUGAUAUGCAGAUGGCAACGGAUCUUAAAACUGGAAGGGCAGCGUGGGACGAGCAGAUAUACAAGGAGCGCAUAGCUGUCCACGACAGUAUACCCGAUGAAAACCUCCAGCAGGAAGGACCGGAGGAGCUGUAUGAAGACACUGCGGAGGAUAUCUCCGAUAUCGCUCCAGCAUCUAACAAAUUGACCAGGGAACAACGUAUUCAGCUCCAACAAGCCAAAAGACAGGUCAAGAAUCAUGUCAAAGUCCAACGCAUCGCCAAGGAUGAGAUGAUGUCUGAACUCAAAAAUGUUCUCACACAGCGGAAACCACAUGUGCAAACUUCAUGA